UCGAGAAACAAAAACCUAAAUCCUAAACCCUUGUCAAAUUCCAAAGAGGAAAGACAAUGGAACAACACGAAGAGCAAGAGCACGAAGUGUACGGAGGGGAGAUCCCAGACGAGGAAGGAGAGAUGGACGCCGACAUCGAUAUGUCUGCUGCAUCUGAAGGUUACGAAGGCAACGACCAAGAACUCAAACAAAAUCCAAAUUCUAAUUCCAAGGACUUGGAAGAAAUGAAGAAGAGACUUAAAGAAAUCGAGGAAGAGGCCGGGGAUUUACGUGAAAUGCAGGCCAAAGUCGAGAAGGAGAUGGGGGCUGCCCAAGAUUCCCCGGGUGCUUCUGCUGCAACCCAACCUGAAAAGGAGGAAGUUGAUUCCCGUUCAAUUUACGUUGGUAAUGUAGACUAUGCAUGUACACCUGAGGAAGUUCAGCAGCAUUUCCAAUCUUGUGGAACUGUGAACAGAGUGACAAUUUUGACCGACAAGUUUGGUCAACCUAAAGGAUUUGCCUAUGUUGAAUUUGUUGAAGUUGAUGCUCUUCAAAAUGCUCUACUGUUAAAUGAAUCAGAAUUGCAUGGUCGUCAGUUGAAGGUGUCUGCAAAACGAACAAAUAUUCCUGGAUUGAAACAGUAUCGAGGAAGGCAACCCAACCCAUAUUUCCGUUCCCGAAGGCCUUUCAUGCCUGGUCCUGUUUUCUAUCCUGCAUAUGGUUAUGGGAGGGUUCCAAGGUUCAGGCGGCCCAUGAGAUACGGGCCAUAUUAAGAUCUUCACACAGUCAGAAGCUGCAAUUUCGAGAAGAUCAUUACAUGUAGUUUAAAAUCGUUCUGUAGCAGGGAAGGAGGAUGGUGAACUGCAAUUUGCUUGGAAAAGGGCCAGCCGGAUUUUCUUUGCUUAGGCUUUUAGUGGAAGGGGGUAAAUGAGGCAGAGAUGCAUAUUAAUGUUAUUGUUUAAUAUUAUUUCAGAAAUUCGGGUGGUAGAAUGAAUAUUUAAGAUUGUGGAUGUGGAUUAGUUUAAAUUGUUGGGGUCGGCUACAUAGGCCAUAAUGCAUGGGUUUCGUAUUGAAGUGAACUUAAUAGAGGGAAGGAAGCUUAGAAAAUUACAUGAUCGCAUGAGUGGGAGAGAAUUUCCAUUCAAAAUUUAUCCAGGAGAGUCGGAUUGAUUCUGCUGGAUUAUUAUCAUCUCUCACUCUCUUAAAGUACAUAUUAGUGUUUUUGUUGUUUUAGAUGAUUGGCAAAAUGGAUUUACAGCAUGAGUGCAUGCAUGUUGUCUGGUUCGGUUAGGCUUCAUUCUUCAAA